CGUAAUAGCUCUGCAAUUCAGGAACCUCAAGAGCAGGGGUACAGACAGAAGUGGAGGGAGUGAGAGGGCAAAUAUAUACAUAACAUCUAUGAAACAUUGUGUCUUUAAAGGAGAAAGAGGAUAAGCACUGCACCUGGAAUUCAAUUCUAAUAAAGAAGCUGCAAAGGAACGACAGCAAGAUCUGAAAGUUGAAGAAAGAAGCAAGUUGCAUCUUAAAUAUCAAUAGAAAAAAGGACUAUCUAGAAACAUAAAAAAAUGGACAAGAAGGAAGAAUCGAUGAGUUAUGAAGAAGCCAUCAACAAAGCGGGCAGUGGGCUCUAUCGUUUUCCUCUGGUUGAUGUGCAAGGCAUACCUCUUAUGAGCUGGAUUGCUCAAAACUGGAGCUCCGUUUGUGCUUUCCGCCCAGAACCAUCAGAUAUGCUCAUCUCCACCUACCCUAAAGCAGGUACCACAUGGACCCAGGAAAUAGUGGAUCUGCUGCUCCAUAAUGGAGAUGCUGAUAUUUGCAAGAGAGCUCCAACUGUUGUACGCAUCCCUUUUCUAGAGAUCAAUUCUCCUCCCCCAAUUCCAUCAGGACUUGACCUACUAAAAAAAAUGAAACCUCCCAGAUUCAUCAAGACACACUUACCCAUACAGCUAGUACCUGAAGGAUUCUGGGAAAAUAAAUGCAAAGUUAUUUAUGUGGCUCGAAAUGCUAAAGACAACCUUGUCAGCUACUACCACUUUGACCGAAUGAAUCUGACUCAGCCAGAACCAGGUUCAUGGGAAGAAUAUAUUCAGAAGUUCAUGAAGGGAAAAUUGGCCUGGGGCUCUUGGUAUGACCAUGUGAAAGGUUACUGGAAAGAAAAAGAGAAGAGGAAUAUUCUUUACCUUUUCUAUGAGGAUAUGAAAGAGAACCCUCGCAGAGAAAUAGUGAAAAUUAUGAGGUACUUGGACCUGUCAAUAUCUGAUGGCAUUAUUGAUAACAUUGUGAAGUUGACAUCCUUUAAAGUUAUGAAGGACAACCCAAUGGCCAACUACUCAUUCAUCCCAAAGGAAGUGUUUGACCAGUCCAUCUCUACUUUCAUGAGAAAAGGGGAGGUUGGAGACUGGACCAACUACUUCACACCAGCUCAGUCCCAGAUGUUUGAUGAGGACUAUGCCAGACAAAUGGCUGACAUGGACAUUCCUUUUCGCACCAAAAUAUGAAAAACAUCAAGAAGAAUCAAAACCUGCACUUCAAGAUGAAUCAAAAAUCAAUCAAAAUGUCAAAUUUUGCUGAUUUAUGCUCCUGUACAAACAUUAUUCAUUUUUGACUGCAUUUUGAUCUGAACUUGAUAGGGCAAAAUAUUUGACUGUAGAUAUAUAAUGUUCUAAAAUGUGGGAUAUAAUUAUAGAAUGCAGCAUAUAUAUUAUUGAAUGCAAUCAAUACCAAUGCACCAAACCAAAGCAGAAAGACCUCCUAACCAAAGACAGCACCAUUUUGGCAAACGUUUUUAUAAAUUGUUUGAUGUAUAAUCAUUUACAGCAUUGUUGACCCAAACAAUUAAUACAUAAGGAAUAAACAAUUGUGCUCGGUGUACCUUCUGAAUUUCCUCAUAUUCAAUAAAAAACUGGGAGUGAUUACAUUUUAAAAAAAGAAUGACACUUCAUACAUUUUUUCUGUUUCUAGUUACAUUUAAUGUUGUGGAACGUUGGCGGAACAAGUCCGUUCCUGUUAUCACUUAGUAUAGCAUCUAUAAACAGUCGUUCCCUCAUCAGCCUGUCUUUUUUUUCUUGAUACGACAAAGAAAUGCAUAUUGUCAUGUUACAGAGAAACUGCAAAAGUGUAACCUCUGUCCUGAAGACCUUGUGAGUGUCGGAAAAGCUAAAGCUACAGCUUUAUGUCCGACUGGUACAAAGCAAUGACAAUGGAGACUCCUUCCAUAAAUGUUAAACAAAUAUUAAAUAUUGUUUCACUGAA